GGUAGAGAAAGAAAUGCAGAGACAAAAGGAUGAAGAAAGGCGCCUAAAAAGAAAAUUACAACGUUUUAAGGAAGACCUGGAAGCUGCUCAACCACGACUACGUUUUUCUGAUUCGUGGGAAGAGGUUCGUCAAAGAUUUGCAGAAAGCAGCAUUUAUAAAGAAAUAAAUAACGACUCCGCAUGCAAAAAAGCGUUUGAGGAAUAUCUUCAAGAGCACGCCAGCAGCAGCGAUGAAGCAAGCGAAAGCGAAAAGAGGCCGGAUAGCCGCCGUGCCCGCCAUUCCAGUCGCCAUAAGCGGAAACGCCGCCAUAAAAAACAUCAUGUCGAUGGCAAAAGUCGGAAACGAGAAAAAAGAAAAUCUAAAAAAAAGUCACGCCGGCCUUCUACCGAUGAGUCCAGCUCAAGUUCCGAAUAAUAAAUCUUAAUUAUUUUAAUAAAGCA